GGCCCGCGUCCACUGACCACCAUCCCCGUUCUCUAGGCCCUUUCUGAUAGGUAAGAGGCCGUUUUCAUUAUAUAGGGUGCACUAGGUUGGUCCAGAGACCCCAUAGUCGUGAGCCAUUGAAGAUUAAUGACUUCCUUUGUUCUGGAUGCGUCGUUCGGGAUUUGGAUGCAACCUGCUAACGGAUCGCAUCUGUAGAUGGCUCGGACAUCAAGGUUAACAGCUGAAGCCAAAGCGCGUCCCAGACAGCCUAAAUUGUCCAAGCAGCCCAGACCGCAGCCUAAACACCCGAAAAAGUCCAAGCAACCGAAACAGUCCAAACAGUCCCUACAUUCCGAAAAGCCCAAACGGUCUAAGAAGACACCCAAACUUAGGGCUUCCAUCACACCUGGCACCAUCCUUAUUCUCCUUGCUGGUCGAUUUCGUGGCAAACGGGUCGUCUUCCUGAAGCAGCUAGAGUCCGGUCUCCUGCUCAUUACUGGACCAUUCAAAAUCAAUGGAGUCCCUCUGCGACGUGUAAACCAGGCUUAUGUCAUUGCUACGUCGACGAAGGUUGAGAUUGACUCUUCGAUUACGGACAAAUUCACCGAUGCGUACUUCGCCAAGGAUCCUGCAAAGAAGCAAUCGGCCGAGGAAGAGUUCUUCGAGAAUGGGAAACCAAAGCCAAAGGAACCCAUUCCGGAGGCCAAGGCCGUUGAUCAGAAGGAGUUAGACAAUGUUGUAGUUGCGGCCGUAAACAAGCAGGAGUUAUUGUCGAAAUACCUCAAAUCCUCAUGGGGCUUAGGCAAAGGGGAAUUCCCCCACAAGCUCGUCUUCUGAUGGGUGCGGGUAUUUCUUAGUUCGUUGUCUAUGGUCCUCAUGCUGUUCAUGCCCUUCGACUACUCAUGCCGGAAUAUGAAUUGGCUUCAUGCCUUCACAAUCCAUUUUUUAUUCUUCCCUACUUUGACUGGGAUUCACUUUAAUCAGGCGAAUCGAACAAGCAGUUUCAAUUCGGCUG